UCGUCGCCGCGAGCGCUUCCGGGAAGUUAGCGCGUCGUGGGUAGCUUCCCUCAGCUUGCGGGAGCGCGGGCUCGAAAGCCGGACCCUGGCGGGCUCGCCAUGGACCGCGACUUGCUGCGGCAGUCGCUGGGCUGUCACGGCCCGGCGUUGCUGUCGCUGCUGCGGAGUGAGCAGCAAGACAACCCGCACUUCCGGAGCCUGCUGGGCACGGCGGCCGAGCCAGCCCGCGGCGCGGCGCCGCCUCCCGGAGCCGGCAGGAAAGAGAAGAGAGUUGACAACAUUGAAAUACAAAAAUUCAUCUCUAAAAAGGCGGAUCUGCUUUUUGCCCUGUCUUGGAAACCAGACGCAUCUGUACCCUCUGAAGUACACGACGACAAUGACAAUCAUUAUGCAGUCAUGCCACCUUUAGAGCAAUUCAUGGAGAUCCCAAGCAUGGACCGGAGAGAGCUGUUCUUCCGAGAUAUUGAACGUGGUGACAUCGUGAUUGGAAGAAUUAGCUCGAUUCGGGAAUUUGGUUUUUUCAUGGUGUUGAUCUGUUUGGGAAGUGGCAUCAUGAGAGAUAUAUCUCACUUAGAAAUCACAGCUCUUUGUCCCUUAAGAGAUGUGCCUUCUCACAGUAACCAUGGAGAUCCUUUAUCAUAUUACCAAACUGGUGACAUAAUUCGAGCUGGCAUCAAGGAUAUUGACAGAUACCAUGAAAAGCUUGCAGUAUCUCUAUAUAGCUCAUCUCUUCCACCACACCUGUCCAGCAUUAAACUAGGUGUGAUUACGUCUGAAGAGCUUCCUUUGUACUACAGGAGGGGUGUUGAACUAAAUAGUAAUUCUUUGGAGUCCUAUGAAAAUAUCAUGCAGAGUUCUCUGGGAUUUGUUAAUCCAGGAGUAGUUGAAUUCCUUCUAGAGAAACUAGGAAUAGAUGAAUCUCAUCCACCAUCUUUAAUGAGAGGCCUACAAAGCAAAAAUUUCUCUGAAGAUGAUUUUGCUUCAGCAUUAAGAAAGAAGCAAUCAGCAUCUUGGGCUUUAAAAUGUGUGAAGAUUGGAGUUGAUUAUUUUAAGGUGGGGCGACAUGUGGAUGCCAUGAAUGAAUACAAUAAAGCUCUGGAAAUCGACAAGCAAAAUGUGGAAGCUCUGGUAGCUCGUGGAGCAUUAUAUGCAACAAAAGGAAGUCUAAACAAAGCAAUAGAAGAUUUCGAGCUCGCAUUAGAAAACUGCCCGACUCACAGGAAUGCGAGAAAAUAUCUCUGCCAGACACUCGUAGAAAGGGGAGGGCAGUUGGAAGAAGAAGAAAAGUUUUUAAAUGCUGAAAGUUACUAUAAGAAAGCUCUGGCUUUGGAUGAGACUUUUAAAGAUGCAGAGGAUGCUUUGCAGAAACUUCAUAAAUAUAUGCAGAAAUCUUUGGAAUUAAGAGAAAAACAAGCUGAAAAGGAAGAAAAGCAGAAAACAAAGAAAAUAGAAACAAGUGCAGAAAAGUUGCGUAAGCUCUUAAAAGAGGAGAAAAGGCUAAAGAAGAAAAGAAGAAAAUCAUCAUCUUCCUCUUCAAGUGUUUCUUCAGCCGAUGAAUCCAUUUCUUCUUCCUCAUCUUCUUCCUCUUCUAGCCACAAACGGCAUAAGAAAAGUAAGAGGAAUCGUUCAGAGUCUUCUCGAAGUUCAAAGAGGCACUGGUCUAAGACAUCUUCAGGCUACACAGAUCAAAGUAGGAAAGAUGAUUGCUAUCCAGUUCCAACUAAUACCUCAGCAUCUUUCCUUAAUCAAAAGCAAGAAGUGGAGAAACUUCUGGAAAAGCAGGAUAGGUUACAGUGUCCAAAUGCACAGGUGAAAGAGAAAGAGAAAGGCCUUCUCACAUCUUCAGUUGAAGUACCAGAUGAUUUGGGAGGUAGGUCAGAUUUGUACAAUAGCUACAAAACCCAGGCAGGUAGUAGCAAAACUGAAAAGCCAUAUAAAUCAGAAAAACAUUUCUCCAGUAGGAGAAAUUCCUCAGAUUGCUUCUCUAGAAAUUCAGAGGACAAGAUGAAAGCAUCUAGUUACCGAAGAUUUGAAAAGGACACAGAGGGAAGAAAAGAUCACUCGAGGAGGUGGGAGCCAAGCUCUGGGAAGUACUCUACUUCACCAGCAAGUUCAGACUAUGCUUGGAAGUCACUUGAAAAACAAAAAAAAUGCAUGUACUCUGGAUCACGGGAUGUCAGUAAACAUGAGCAAAGACACCAGUUAAAUCCAAAUGAGGGAGAGCGUGCACAUGAUAAGGAGGACGGCUGUGGGGAGGGUAGCAAAGCUGAGGCUCCAGAAGACAUGCUAAAUAACAAAGAGCAGCCAGAAAGCAGAGUUAAGAAAAAUUUACCUCAAAAUUUACUCAAUAUAUUUAAUCAGAUAGCUGAAUUUGAGAAAGAAAAAGGAAAUAAGCCCAAAAAAUGAUCUGCUAAGGAAAUUUUCACUAGUUUUCAGAAGUUUGGAGAUCCUUUAGCCCUAACAAAUAGUUCUAAGUCUAAACUUACUUGUUGCAGAUCACAAAAGGCUGUCUAAGUUAUCAGCCCCUUGUCAGUCAGUGUUGUGGGUAUGUAUGGAUACAGCUUUUAACUGACAAUUCAGACUUUCUCACCUGAAGCUAUUUUCUGAGCACUUUGUUUCUUCACGGUACUGUGGUUUAUGAGAAUUCUUCUGUCCGUCUUACUUCACUGUUAGAGGAAAAUAUGUUUGCAUUGAGCAGUUGGAUCGUUUUAUCAAAACCUUUUCUGUUUUUUGUUAAAGUCCUUAGCCUUUGGGGGUGGGGAAGAAUUUAUGGUUGAAUGUUUUGUAGGUAUUAUUUUCAAUCAUUUGUUUUCAGUAUUAAAAUUUUUACACCAUUUCAUUUUUUAAGUGAUAAAUUAUGACUUGACUUAGUGUCCAAGGCUUGAUGUAAAUGGUUUUUGAAUACUAUUUUCUUCGCAGCUUAACAAAAUACCAUAAGAAUAAGACCAUGAAAGUUGGUUAGUCAGAGCCUGUUUUCUUUCUCCAAUAUUAUUUUUACUUUAAUGGUUAUCGUCAUAAGAAAAUCUUUAAUUUUAAACAUUGGCCUGACCCUUUGAGAGUUCUGUAUCAAACUAGAUGAGAAUAGAAAAUAACUAUUAGUAAAAAUAGCAGCUGAGAAGAACCAUGUUAAUCUGGUUUUCUGCUGUCACAUUGCAAAGCUUGGAAAGCUAGUAGGCAUGUUUCUGAACAUCAAAUCAGUCAGGGCCGAUUUGCAGCUUUGGUUUUCUUCUUCUCUGUCAUUUUCCUCCUUUAUUGAUGCCCCUCACUGAAUCCUAGUCAAUAACCCAGAGUAAAUCCCAGGCCUCUGAGGUGGCUCAGUGGGUAAAAAUACCAACCAUGCCUGAUAACCUGAGUCCAAUCCCAAGUCCCCAUGGUAUAGGGAGAGAACUCCCCUUGACAGCCACACACCCAAACACAGUAGUACCAUGUGUGGACCUAUGCACAUAAACAGCUAAAGAGGAAAUCAUCUUUGGCUUUCAGAGAAUCUCUGAAUUACUAGAAAUUGAAUAGUAGACUCUUGGCAAUAUUAGUAAGUAUCAUUAGCUAUUGCAUUUCUGAUGCUCUUAAAUUAUGAUUCUAGAAAGUAUAAAUAGCAAUAAGCUUUAAAUCUCUUAUUGGUCAUUAGAUGGGAUCCACCCUCAGACAUGCAUGAGGGAGUGGCAGAAUUAGAGGAGACUCAUUGCAUGUUUGUUUCUACCAGUAAAAUACUAAAGCUUUAAGACUGAUACAUAGUAUUUGUACCAAAUUAUAGUGAUGGAAAACUACUGCAAAAUGUAAAAUUUAUUUUACAGUACAAUACAGAAAAGAAACCUUAAGAACAAUAAAUAAUGGCGGCAGAAAUUUCAUAAUCACUUCAACAUUUGUUAUUUCACCAAGGAACUAUUAUUAGUCAUAGUAGUAGUAUUACAUGGGCUGGGGCGAAGGUGAUGAGCAUGUGUGCCACAUACGUGGACACUGGAGGAUAACUUGAAGGAAUCUCUUUUUCUGCCUAUGGGUCCUAGGAAUGAAACUUGGCUCAUUGGGCUUGACAGCAAGUACCUUUAUCCAUUGAGCCAUUUUGCUAUCCCAGCACCAAGGAACUCUUUAAGAGUAUUCUAUAUACUAAUAUUUAAUAUAUUAAUAUUUCCAGUAUUAAAUAUAUUAAUACUUCCAGACUUAUUCCUAUAUAGCUAGGGUUUGUUGUUAAAAGAUGAAGAGCACCUCUCUGCCUUGAUCUUUGAGAAUCCCUAGUACACCUCACAGUCUUACACAUAUCACCUUCCUUAACCCUAGGAUAGUGCCUUUGAAAACUACAUCUUUCCUAGGAAUACUAAGAUAAGCAGACUACACGAAGCAUCCAGUUCCUUAGAAUAUUUAAGGAGUCGUCACAGAAAAAUAUUGGGGAUUUAAAGUUGAUUCUCAGUUCUGUCUUCAGGUGUUUCUUUCACAUUAAUAUGUCUGUAGUUUGUAUGUUCCCUAGACAGCUUUGUCUUAAUUUCCAUGAGGAGAACUGUGACUUCUGGAUGUUAAGAUACUCCAGAUCUGCACACAGGGUUCAUCCUUUGUCUUACCAUUUAGCAUUGAUACAUGCAGUUAGUAUAGUGGUUAAAUGUAAAAUUGGAUGCUGGCCAUUCCAGAGUAGAGUCUCCUCGUGAUUCCAUAGGUACAAGCUAACUACUUACUGUGCAGUUAACCCUGUUUCAGUGCCAGUGUGUUUUGUUUAUAUGUUACUUUAAUAAACCUGUGAUAGUUAAUUACCUCUAGAUUACAAAAAGAAAAAGCAUAGAAAAGUAAUCUCCCUCGAAACAAAACCUCUGCCUUUGUAGAACACAAAGUUUUAAUGUUUUAAGUUCUAAGCAACUUAGAAACUAAUACAUAACUGAGAAUCACAACAUUGAUAAACAAAAUGAUAAUAGGAUUGAUCAGUUUUAGAUCUUAAACAUGAUGUGCAUUUAAGCAAUGUUUGAACCAAAAAGUGCCCAGAGUUUUUCUUAGCCAUUUUACUUAUUAGACUUAACUAUAUUUCUAAAUUUAAAGUGAUCGUUAGUAAAACAGAUUUAUUUACUACCAGUGCUGCUUUUUCAGAAGUGACUGAGUAGUGGUUCUAAGACAAUCACUGUUGUAAUGAAUAUUUUCCCCAAGGUUUAAAGGAAAUGCUGAUUUAUAUACCUAAAUGGUGAUGUAUUUGAAAUCUAGCUUUAUAGUAUUAUUUCCUACUCUAGUCCCAAAAGUUCAAAGUGCUGGAAAUAAAGUAUUAGCUGGAAAAACCAAUUUUAAAUAUAGUUAUGCAAUAUCUACCUCCAGUGUAAAUUUAAUAUGUUCCCUUCUUUCAAGGUCAGAGAAGAAACAUUGUUAAGCAGCUUAAGUUGCACUUUAUUUGUGCAUAUAUAGAGAUAAAUGUAUAUGUAUACACACAUAUACAGUGUCUUUUUUACUAAACUUUUUCUUGAGGGAGUGGGAAUGAUGCUGUCCUUUGGUUACAGAUUAUAACCAGUACAAACAAACAAAAAACUGGCCUUUACCAGGGUCCUCCCUCAUGCCCACCCAACCCCCAAAAAAGAUCUGAAGAAUACGGUUGUUGUUUGCUUUUUGUUUUUUAUUUUAAAAAGUAAUUUUGUGAUCUAGAGUAAAUGGAAACUUCCUUAUUGAGCUAUAGAAUGAAUCUUUAGAAAUGUAUUAGUGAAAGAAUCUUAUAAAUGUGUUACUUCAUAAAACAUUAACACUAUAGACAUGUUCUAGUAAAAAAAAAACUGCUUUGUCACGUGUGGCUUGGCUAAGAUUCUGCAGUUUUCCUUCUCUAUAAAUAAAACAGUAGGAAAAAAAAAAAACAAAAAUCUAUCUUUGUUCUUUUUUUCAAACAGCUUUUAUAGCCACCAUGCAGAACUUUUGUCUGGUUUGUACUUCUGGUACUAUUUUAGUAGCCUGUAUCGUUAAUAAAUGGAACCCCAGAAAAAGAGGGAGACUUAACUACUAAUAAGGUUUUCGUUUGUCUUCAAAAUUUGUACAGAAGAUAAAAAAAAAAAAUGUUUAUUUGUUGAGCUUUUUUCCUUUAGGGAUGUUGGAAUUGCUGCCACUACUAGACCUAGAACUAUCACUUCUUGCCGGAGGUCCUGGGAAUUUGAGCUCUAUCACUUUAGCUGUGGAUGGAGAGAUGGGAAUUGAGUCCUCCAGCGACCUGGAACAAGAAAGGAUUUUCUAUGAACUUAAUGCAAAAUGUACUUCAAAAAGACCUUUCUAUUGGCAAAAAGAAAUAUUUAAUUCCAUAAGAAAUUAAAGAACCAGGAAAGCUAUUAGUGUUAAUAAAAUUUUAAAAUAUGACCAAUUCUUUCAAAAAAAAGAAAUGAACAUAGUUUAAGUAAAUUGUUAAUUGUUUCUGUGAGAAGAAUAUUUUCAUCAGUUUCAUAGAAUUGGAAACAAUAGUUAAUAAAGUAGAAACAAAAGGAGUGGGUGCUCGAAAAAGUGAUUAAAAUGAUAGCUUUAAGUCAUUUAUGCUGAAGAGGAGAAGGGUUGGCAGGAACCAUUGUGAGAUUGUUAGACAAUAGCCAUUUGCUUCUGAAAUGGUAUGGUUUAUCAAAAGUACAGAAAAAUUUAAUACAUAAUAAACAUUACGUAGUUUAAUAUAUUUAUGU